CCUUCUUCUACCUACUGCAACUAAAUCCCCGUCAGCAAGCAUAGAUCCCUGCGACAUCUAAUCGGCAAAGUCCAAACAACCUGGAGUGAUCGACACGGCGAGGACCGAUAGGCCAAUGCUGCAAAUCGCAAAGUUGCACCAGUCAAGCAUCAGGGAUCAACAAGCACGCCAUAAGCGGCGUUUCUGCUCGGUUUCCCACUGCCGCGCGACUGCUUCGACUUUAGCUCGUCGGUGCGACUUCUCGAAGCUGCAGUCGUACUUGAGGACGCGCAAGUGGUUCUGAAGACUUUGACCGGCUGAAAGGACCCAGUUUGCGACUCAUCAUCUGUCUAAUCUAUCCCACUUGUCUUGCAGCGAAACCAGCAGAAUGGGGAAAGACCCCGAGCAUACAGCCGCAGACGAGGCGCCUAAUCAUAACAGCGAUACCAUCCAUGAUGACGUUGCAAGCAGUCUCGAGGAGGGUGCGGCGAUUCCCAAGGGACAGCUGGAUCCAGUCUACGAGGCCAAGGCCAGGAUGCUGAAUAAAGCGAUACAAGACAUCGGCAUGGGAUGGUACCAGUGGAAACUCUUCAUAGUCGUGGGCUUUGGAUGGGCAUCAGACAACCUCUGGCCCAUCGUGACAUCCCUCAUCUUCACACCCAUCAAGAACGAGUUCUCGCCGUCGAAACCCCCGUUACUGACCCUCUCGCAAAACCUGGGUCUUCUCGCCGGCGCCAUGUUCUGGGGCUUCGGUUGUGAUAUUUUCGGCCGCAAGUGGGCUUUCAACCUGACUUUGGGACUGACAGCGGCAUGGGGCUUGAUCGCGGCGUCGGCACCUAACUUCGCAGGCAUUGGCGUAUUCGCUGCUUUCUGGUCUUUUGGUGUGGGCGGAAACUUGCCCGUCGAUUCAGCCAUCUUUCUGGAAUUUUUGCCGGGCUCGCAUCAGUAUCUCCUGACGAUUCUGUCUAUCGACUGGGCUGUGGCACAAGUCAUUGCCAACUUGAUCGCGUGGCCGCUUCUGGGCAGCAUGACGUGCCAGCAGACGGACACGGAAUGCACUAGGUCUGAUAACAUGGGAUGGCGCUAUUUCAUGGUGGCCGUGGGCGGACUGACUCUAAUCAUGUUCGUGGUUCGAUUCGUGUUUUUCACUAUCUUCGAGUCCCCUAAGUACUUAAUGGGCAAGGGCCGCGACGAGGACGCCGUGCGCAUUGUGCACGAGGUGGCCAGACGCAACGGGAAGACGUCGCCUUUGACGAUUGACCAUCUCAGGGCGUGCGAGCCCGAGGGGUAUCAGCACCAGAACACCACCACCAUAGCUGUGAAGCGUAAGCUCCAGGCUGUCAACUUGUCCCACGUCCGCUCCCUAUUCGCCACCAACAAGCUGGCCUGGAGCACCUCGGCCUUGAUGCUGGUUUGGGCUUUUAUUGGACUAGGCUACCCCCUCUACAACGCUUUCCUCCCCUAUAUCCAAGCCACCCGUGGUGCCGACUUCGGCGACGGCUCCACCUACAUCACCUACCGUAAUUCCCUCAUCAUCGCCGUGCUGGGCAUCCCAGGCGCCCUCAUCGGCGGCCUACUCGUCGAGCUGCCCCAGCUCGGCCGCAAGGGCACCCUCUCGCUCAGCACGGUGCUCACGGGCGUUUUCCUCUACUGCUCCACCACGGCAACCAACUCGGCCGCCCUUCUGGGAUGGAACUGCGCUUACAACUUCACCAGUAACGUCAUGUACGCCGUGCUGUACGCCUUCACCCCAGAGCUGUUCCCCACGAAAGAUCGCGGCACCGGCAAUGCGUUGACGGCGUCGGCGAAUCGCGUCUUCGGCAUUAUGGCCCCUAUUAUUGCCAUGUUCGCCAACCUCGAGACGGCCGCGCCCGUGUAUACGAGUGGAGCGCUGUUCAUUGCGGCCGGGGUCAUUGUGCUGACUUUGCCGUUUGAGUCGAGGGGCAAGGCGAGCUUAUAAGCGGAGUAGUUAUGAUGGACUUGCACGGCGAAGCGAGGGGUAUUUCCAUAGUUAUCUAGUGGUUCAUAUGCAAGGAUGUGAAGACUACUUGCACUGUUGAGCAUUUAUCUGCAACAACAAGACUUCUAACUGAAUCUGUGUAAUGGCCGAGGCAUGUAUGUACCUGGUGUGACUUGCUCGAGGUGAAUAUGCCAGAAGUGGGAAAGGGAACAGUGCGGC